AUGGCAACGCCGUCGCACUCGCACGGGCUCCUGCUCGCGCCCCUUCGGACGCCCCUGCUCGCCCUUCCGCUCUUGUCGCUCAUCCUCCUCCUCACGCUGCACCUCCCGCCGCGCCACCACCCGGCCCCUCCGGGCCCCCUCAUCCUCCCCACGCCCCUCCGCACCACCGCCACCACCGCCACCACCGCCGCCGCCGCCGCCGCCCAGCCUAAGCCCAAGGCCGACCCCUCCUCCUCGUCGUCGCCCUCGCCGACGACGCUCUCGCACGUGGUGUUCGGGGUGGCCUCCUCCCGCCGCACGCUGCCGCUGCGCCUCCCGCUCCUCCGCCUCUGGCUCCGCCUGCCCGCGCGCGCCUUCCUCUUCCUCGACGCGCCGCCCCGCGCCGCCUCCGUCCCGGCGAACCUCCACCUCCGCGUCUCCCGCGACGCCUCCCGCUUCCCCUACUCCUACCGGAAGGGCCUCCCCUCCGCGGUCCGCGUCGCGCGUAUCGCCAAGGAGCUCCUCCUCGAGCUCCGCCAGCAGCAGCAGCACCAGUCGCCGCCGCCGAGGUGGCUCGUGCUCGCCGACGACGACACCGCCUUCGUCCUCCCCAACCUCCUCCACACCCUCUCCAAGUACGACUGGCACGAGCCAUGGUACCUCGGCGCGCCUUCCGAGUCCGCCGCGCAGAACGUCUGGCACGGCUUCAACAUGGCCUAUGGCGGCGGCGGCAUCGCCAUCAGCUGGCCCCUCGCAGCGCGCCUGGCCCGCGUGCUCGACUCCUGCAUCAUCAGGUACCCCCACCUCUACGGCAGCGACUCCAGGAUCUACGCCUGCCUCGCCGAGCUCGGCGUCGAGCUCACCCACGAGCCAGGAUUCCACCAGAUCGACCUUCAUGGGGAUAUAUCUGGAUUUCUAAGAGCACAUCCUCUUGCUCCUUUAGUGUCACUUCACCACCUUGAUCAUGUCUAUCCUCUUUACCCUGGAAUGGAUCGUGCAAAGGCGGUUGAGCAUUUGUUCCGAGCAGCUAAUGCUGACCCAGCAAGGAUCCUUCAACAAACAGUGUGCUAUGACCAUUCAAGAUCACUUACUGCUUCAGUAGCAUGGGGCUAUUCUGUUCAGGUUUUCAAAGGCAAUGUACUGCUUCCUGACAUCCUUGCUGUGCAAAAAACCUUUGUGCCAUGGAGAAGAGGUCGCAAUGUUACGGAUGUUUUUAUGUUUAGCACCAAGCAUUAUCCAAGGGACGAGUGCAAACGAGCUGCUCUUUUCUUCCUAAAAAGUAUUUCUUCCGGCGAAGGCAAGACGGAAAGCAAUUACAGCAGGCAGCUGCCCCAGAAAUGCUUGCCAAACUUGAUUCAGUUGAGGAAUAUGCAACAAAUAAAAGUGAGAUCAGAGGUACUGCAUCUGGUUCCUGGGAAGGCUUUAAGACGACACUGCUGUGACAUCGUACCUUCUUCAUCUGAAACCACCAUGGAUAUUGAUAUCAGGAAAUGCAAAGACGGUGAAUUAAUCGCAAUGCAUUCGUAG